GGCCCGCCCCCUCUGCACCUCCGGGCCCGGAGCGGCCUCCAUCGCUCCUGCAUCCCGGCCGGGGGGAGGAGGAGGCGGAGCAGGAGGAGAGCCGGAGCCGCCGCCGCCAACGCCGCGCCGCCGCCGCCCGAGCAGGACAGAGCGCGCCGCAGCCCCGCGCGUCCGGCCGCCGCCCGUGCCCAUCCAGCCGCCGCACCGGAGCGACCCCGCGGGACAGCCCGGGCCCGGUGCGCCCCGGCCCGGCUCCGUGCCCCACCGGGCGGCCCGGUGGCCGGCCCGCCCCCGAGGGCGCCGGGCGCGGCGGGAGGAUGCCGAAGCCGACGCUUCUGCUGCGCGGGGGCUGGGAGCGCGAGCGCAACCCCGGGGACUCGGAGCUGGGCCGCCAGUUCCGGGACUGGUGCCUGCGCACCUACGGCGACUCGGCCAAAACCAAGACGGUGACACGCAGCAAAUACCAGCGGAUCGCCGAGGUCCUGCAGGGCGGCGGCGGGACCGGCGCGGGCAGCGGCCCCGCGGCCGGCGAGAAAGGCAAGUUCCAGUUCUGGGUGCGCUCCAAGGGCUUCCGCCUGGGCAGCGGCCGGGAACCCAAGAUGGGCCAAGUGGUGUAUGUGCCGGUCAAGACGGGCUCGGGGGCAGAUGGCCUGUCGGAGCCCGAGGGCAUCUCUCUGAAGCGGGUUGCUGUGGUGGAAGAUUUCUUUGACAUCAUCUACUCGAUGCAUGUGGAGAGCUCCGCGGAGCCAGGCAAAGCCCCCAAGCACGCCGGGCAGAAGAAAACCUACCGGGCGAUCGCAGAGACCUACGCCUUCCUCCCGAGAGAGGCCGUGACCCGCUUCCUGAUGAGCUGCACCGAAUGUCAGAAGAGGAUGCACUUUAACUCCAAUGGCCUGGAACCCAAAGAAAAUGAGCCUGCGUCUCCUCUGGUCUCCGGGAUCAUUGAUUACAACAUGCCCCUCACCUCCACGUACUUGAAGCAGAUGAAGCUGCGAGUGAUGAAUUCCCAGGAGCAGUUUCAAGUGCUCUCUCAUCUCUGGUGCCAUCUGAACCCACCAGCUCCUCAGGCCUGACCAGGGAACAGCUGUCAUUCCCCCAGGGAAGGACAGAGCAGAACUCCAGUCUGACAACUGGCACACUGCUCGGUCCUGUGCCGCUGGUCGCCUUGACAACGUGAGCGUCUGUGUGUGGGGUUGAUGGCUUGAGGCUGGCUCCUUAGUGAUGUGGCCGGAUGUGUUUGGAUCACCCUGAGUCUGUGUUAUCACGUUGGAGGAUUUAGACUGCUUGGCCUGAGUGUGUGAGGCUGUGCCCUCCAGGGCCCACGCCGUGUCCAGCCCCUGGAGGCCGAGUGAAGUCUGCUUUGCUGCUGAAGCCAGAGCUGUCUGCAUCUGUGUCUUCUCACCUGUGUGCCUGUCCUGUGAUGGUUGCAUCAAAAGUCAUCUCACUGGGGUUGGAUUUGUGACUCACAAGGACCACAUUGUUUGUGCUGUGGAUCUGCCAGUCACCAGGGUAUUCCUUUUAUUAGUAGUUAGAACAUCUCAGCUGUACUGUGCGGUCUUCUGACUGUUGCUGAGGAGUAACUCAUGGCUGUUGUCUUCCUAUCCCACCCACAUUAUCACUUCUUGUCCAUUCCUCGCCACCACGCUCACCUGUUACCACAGAGUGCAAGAUCUAGAACCACACACAGCCCCCUUGCUUGCCCCCUCCCAGGAUAGGCUGCUGGGUGUGAUCCCAACACGGCCAGUAAGUCAGAGAACCACAAGCUGUGAUGUACUGGUGGAUCCUCUUAGCUUUUAUUUGGCUUUUAAGAUCAUGUGUGUUGUGUGUCAAGUGCUUUAAUAAGGAUUCAGGAGCCAGGCAUGGUGGCACAAGCUUGUAAUCCUGGCACUUGGGAGGCUGAGGCAGGAGAAGUGCUGCAAGUUCAAGGCCAGCCUGGGCUAUAAAGCAAACUGAAGGCCAGCUUACACUGUAUAGAGAGGCCCUGUCUCAAAAAGACCAAACAAACAAACAAAAAAGAUUCAGCCAUUUGCAAAUACUUAUGCAGCUGUAUUCUGUGUGCCAGGCUCCAUGGUAAAUAAAAUACCGUCAUUCCUAGGUCUCCUUGUGACCCAUCGGGAGAUGGACAGUCAGAGGAAAAUGACACACAAAUGCUAGUUCAUAGCAGGUGGCUUUAAGCAGUUGAAGAAAUGACACAUCAGUCACCUUUUUGUGGCAGUGAGGAGGGUCAGGCAGGGAGCAUGGUGCUGUGGGCACAUGGGUAGCAGAGCAGGCUGAGGCAGAGGCCAUGGGAAGGCUUGCUGCAAAAAAAAAGGAGGUAUCAGCUGAGUUAUAGAUCUGAAAAGAAGAGCAUCCCAGGCUGAGGGGCAUCUUGUGCAAAGGCCCUGUAAUAUAAAGAAAGACAAUGCCCACAGUGAUCAGAGGGGUGAGCAUGGCUAGAGCAAAGAAUGAGAAGUCUGCUGCUGAAGAAAAACAGGGAAAACAAAGCACUUGGUAAGUGAGACAAAACUAAUAUUCGUGAAAGAUAGGGCAGGGGCAAGCAUUGUCCCAGGGUGCUUUGGGACCCCAGCGGGGCUGACGGUGUUAGCGUCGCCUUUGAGAAUAGCAUGCUUCUUCUUGUACCACAGCAGCAGAUGACAGUGCAGACCCUCCUUGCACCACCUGGCAAGCGAGGUGGCAUCCCGCCUCUGCCUCAGGCUCCCGCCUGUCGGCCUCCAGCACCCCAGCACAGUGAGAGCUUCCACGACCUCAGCCUCGAAGGCGGCAAUGCUGUCCCUGUUUGCAGCAGAGCACAUGGUAAAACAAGAGAUCACACUGCUCUGCAGCGACGAGGAGGGGCCAAGGGCCAGAAACCUUUGAGUCUUCAGCUUAGUUGGAACUAAAAAUACACAGCCUUGAAUUAGCAGCUUCUUUCUCAUACAGCACCAGUAGAGCAGGGCUGUCCUUGGGGUGGGCACAGCGCAGCCUGGCACAGGUUCCUGCUGCUGGUGCUUUGAAGCUGGUGUUAUUCUGUGACUCUGGCCACAAGUGCCAGCAGAGGACACCUGAGUGUUGUGGCUGGGUACCAUGUGAAUGACCUGAGUGCUGUGCAAAGCUUUAUAGCUAAAACUCGAGGUAAGAUAAGUCCCUUUUGGGGGGUACCAGGGAUUGAACUGGGGGCUGUGCUGCAGCCCUGGCCUUUAAAAAAAUUUUUUUUUUUUAUUUUGGGACAGGGUCUCACUAAGUUGCUAAAUUACCCAGGCUGAGCUCAAACCUAGCAUCUUCCUGCCUCAGCGUCCCUGAGUGUUUGUACUUCGGCCUGGAGUUUUUUCUUUUGACACUGCACACCCAGGAUACAGUGCUAACACACAGUACCUGCCCUCACCUUGCUUUGGUCAGAUGUUGGGCAGUGGGGUUUUUCUGAGGGCUGGACAGGACGGGGUCACUGUAGUCCAGCUGUGUCCGAUCAGCAUGCUGGGAAGCGAGUCCUUCUCCACGAAGGGCGUGAGGUCAUGUGGAAUCUAGAGCAGGGGCCAGGGGCAUUGCCACGUGGUGGAGCCACUGUACGAACAAGGCCCUGGGCUCCAUCCUCAGCACCACAAAACAAAAACCCAGUGACAACAGAGGAAAAACAUUCUUCCAUGGGCCUGGUGCAACAUAGCAAAUAUUUUUGGUGUCCUCAGAGUGCAAGGUGGUGAGAGUCUGGCUCCCCUAAAACCCAGCCCCCAGGAGCUGUGACCAGAGGGGCCACAGUCAGCUAAAACCAUGGGGCUGUUUCCAUACCCAGAAGUAAAAUUGAAAUCAUUUUUAGUUAUGCAGGUGAAGAAUCCAUCACCCUCCAGACAGCAGGCAGGAGCUUUGUGAAGUGUGGCUGCCUUAGGGAAGGGUUGGGGUACUGUCUGGUGAGCCAAGCCACACUCUUGGGUGCCCAGCUGCCAAGUUUCCAGAUCCCUUUCCAGGGCAGGUGCAACACACACUCAGAGGCAUGCUGGCAUUUCUUUUUCUGAUUUUUUUUUCAUUUGGUUUUCUUUUAUCCUUGUUUUUCCUAAUUACACAAGUAAACAUGUGUCCUUACUAGAAAGAUCAUUAGCAAAAGAGCAAGGUCAUAAUGAUAAAAAUUACCAAUGUCCCUGUUGGGUGAGCUGAUUUAUUCUAUAAUUCCAAUACUGUAUUCAGGAGGCUGAGGCAGGAAGGUCAGAAGUUUGAGUUCCACCUAGACAACAUGGUAAGACCUUGUCUCAUAUAAAGGGGGCCGGGUGUGGUGCCUCAUGCCUGUAAUCCCAGCACUCGGGAGGCUGAGGCAGGAGGACCGUUGUGAGUUCGAGACCAGUCUGGGCUACAGAGUGAGCUCAAGGCCAGCCUGAACUGCGUAGAGAGACCUUGUCUCAAAAAGAAAAAAUAAAUAAAUAAAAAAUAAAAUAAAGUAGGGGAAAGAAAAGGCAGUAAUGUAGGCUCAGUGGUAGAGCAGCCUGGUACUCAGUCCCUGAGUAACACACACACACACACACCAGCAUCUCACCACUGAGAUCGCUGUGAAUACUUUGGUGUCUUCCCUUCCACACUGCUGAAUAUAAAGGGAAUUAGCCUGGCUUGCUUCUCUGCUGCCCAUUCCCCUGUUAUUUUCUGUCUCUUUGUCCCCUGGGUCUUCAUGUCCCACCUGUCAGAUAAGCGGGCUUUGUAGCUCUGUGAUCACUUGCAUGAAUCCUGCCCCCCAUGUGCAUGCGCUGAGCCAGGUUCUGGUUCAUGUGCCAAGGGACAGUGGUGAGUGGAGCCAAGUCCUCGCCCUCUGGGUCAUACGGUUCAGUGACAGGGACACAGGAAACUCACAUGAACUCUGUAGGGUCUUCAGGAAGUGUUCAGAGGAGCAGCCAAGCAGGGAGCCAGUGGGGGGGUGCUGGUUUGGGCAGAGGCGUUGCUGAUCGGCCACCUGUUCUGUGUCCAGCACUUACUGCCCUUGGCCCCAUGUCCUCUGGACUCAUGAGGUCACAUCACUACCCUCACGCUAUGGACUUGAUAAUGAGGCUCGGAAGGGUUGAGCCCUGGGCCGAGGUCAUGCAACCACUAAAAGGAGUAGAAAUCCCCAAGCCUCCAUAUCUACCAAGGCACCGAGCUGUGUCCCUCACACGGCCCAGGUGAGGCUGUGCCCAUGAGAAUCAGCAGCAGGCUCCCAGGCAGGCGCCGCCCGUGGCUUGGAGAAGAGAUGUUUGGUGGAGGUGCCAGCCUAGGAUCUGGGGCGUUGCCUUAAAUAUUGUGAAAAUCAGGAAGUGGAGGGGAGGAAGUUGGCUGUGCAUGUCAGGCUGUCUGCAUGUGUGUGCUCACACCUGUGUGUGCUUUGGUGGUCCUGGGGACUGAACCCAGAGCCUUCGCACUGAGCUACAUCCCCAGCACCUCACCUUCACCCCUUUUGAGACAAGAUCUUGAUAAGUCAUUAAGUUGCUGGGCUUGAACGUUUUCUGCCUAGCAAGCACAAGGUCCUGAGUUUGAUUCCUGAUACAGAGAGAGAGAGAGAGAGAGAGAGAGAGAGAGAGAGAGAGAGAGAGAGAGACAGAUAACUUUCUACCUUGCCUCGGUCUCCUAGAGUGCUGGGAGUACAGGCAUGCAGCAGCACACCCAGCUUACAUAUAAAAUUUAAUGUCCACAUUAUCCUGCUCUUCCUGAGGUUGCAGUGUGUGAGCCAAGACCUUGCUGGAGAGAUCGGAGGUGGAGGCAGGGACCAUCCCCAUGCAUGCUCUAUUUACACGAGAGGAGGCUCUGCUCCCUGCUCCCUCUGCUCUGCAACCCCCAUCCCAGCUGGAGCUGUGUCCAAGAAGGCUGCGGGUAUCUGCCUCCUCCCUCCAGCUCAGGCAGCACUAUAAGUCCCGCUAAUGGUUUUAAUGUCCUCCCAGCAGCCUGUGAAGUGGUGUGCUGCUCCAUUGUCUAAGCCCACGUGAUGCAGGAGGCUCUUGCUAGCCUCCAUUAACCUCUGCCUCCUUCUCCCCUACUGUUCUGUCCUGGCCCAGAGUUUUCCCAGGGUCCUGGAGGGUGGGGGAGACCAGGUAGCCCCUCUUCCUGAGGGGCACACAUGUGAGACUCAGUUGGAAUCUCCAGAUUACUGGCUCUCCUGCUUCUCAGAGCAAGCCAGUCUGCAGCCACUGUCAGCCUGGAUUCCCACCCACCACCCACUGCACUUGCUGACAAGCUGGCCACUCUGGGGUCAGGCAGCAGGAGCAGCUCUGCCACCUGGGAGCUGUGUAACUUGGGGCAAAUUGCUCUGAUUCUCUGUGCUGCUUUUUCUGCGUUAGUUGCUUGAGAGUAAUAAUGAUGCACCUACCUCCUCCUGAAAGGAUGAUCCUAAAAGUCAAACGGCAAAGUCUGGUGAGUGCUUAGCACGCGCUGGGCUCCCAAGAAGACUGUGGGAAGUCUCAGUGACCAGCACAGCUCCUAAUACUGUGCCAUGCAGUGUGUGUUUGACAGACUUAGCAAUGACCUGCACCAGAGGCCAGGGCCAUAACCAUGGGGACACGCAUGUGGGCACCCUCGUGGAGUCCUUCAUCCAUGCAACAGGAGACAGAGACACGAAGGGCCUAGAAACUCAGCUUUAUGAUGGGCUUUGGGCAGGAGAGAGAGCCUGGGACAGAUCUGGUGGCCUGUGAGGCCAGAGCCAGUGUGGGAAAUAGGAGGAGGAGAAGGAGGAGGUGGAGGAGGAGGAGGGGUCCACCUGAGCCCCACAGCAGACGAAGAUUUGAGCAGGAACUUUGUUGGACUCCUGAUGCUUCCUCAAGUGUGGAAGAAAGCAAGCCCAUCCUGAAAAAACUCCUACAUUCACAUUUUAUUUUCUUGGUUGGGUUUUUUGCAGUGCUAGGGAUGGAACCCAGGGCCACACAUCUGCUAAGCCAGCCUCUCCCUGGUGCUCCACCCUCACACCCUGUAUUCGAGUUUUAGAAAAAUCGUGGUAAAUAGAUAUAAGGUAAAAUGUGCCAUUUAAACCACUUUUAAGAGUAUAAUUCCAUGGCAUUGGGGAUAUUCACAAAGCUGUGCAACUAUCACUGUUUCCAAAAACUUCAUCACCUGUCUUAGUCUCUUGCUUGUUGCUGGGACACAGGACCCAACACCCACACUGAAAGGGAGCAGAGGUUAGCCUUGGCUCAGGGUCCAUAGUCCGCUGGCCCCACGCAAGACAGCACAGCACAGCACAGGGGCAAGCAGUGUGGAGGGAAAGCAGCGCCUGCCUCAGCAUACAGGAACAGAGAGGAGGGAAGAGCUGGGCGGGAGACAGCCUUCUGGGCCCCGCCCCAGGGACCCACCUCCUAACAGCAAAUCAGCUGUGAACCUGUAAGCCAGUCACCACCCCAGGCCUCACCCAUGAACACAUGAGGCUUUGGGGGACAUUUAGAUAUAAACCAUAACAUCACCCCAAUCAGAAACUCUGCACCCAUUAAACACCGGCUUCCCAUUUCCCCUUCCCCGAGCCCCUGGUAAUCUCUGUUCUACUUUCUGUCUUUGAAUUUUGACUGUUCUUGAGACUUCACAUAAAGGGAAUCACAAGGCAUUUGUCCUUUUAUGUCUGGCUGCUUUCUCUUAACAUACAAUAAUUUUAAGGCUCCUCAGUGUCAAGGUCUGCGCCAGGACUUCAUUCCUUUUCAUCGCCAGAUAAUAUUCCAUUGUCAAAUACAGCCUAUUUUGUUUCUCUGUCCAUCUAUCAGUAAACAUUUGAGUGGUUUUCA